CAGGCGCACUGCAGUCGCUACACCGGGGCCUCAUUACUAGCUUCUCUGUAGAAGCGGGGACUCUCCGUCCAUAUCUGUGAAGGUAAAGUCGGUGCUUAACUGGUUUUGUCUGAAGUUAGUGUGUGAAAAGAAAACAUUAAGAAAUAGUUGGAUCAAAUUUUAAUACAUUUUAAACUUUUUAUCUGUUAUUCUACUUUGUUAGAAUUUUUUUUAAACCGCUGUUACAACUGUAUUCGUGCACCAAAAUAUUCAUUCUCCACUCAAGAUGGUAUAUAUAGUGUCAUUUUAAAUAGUAAUAAUUUAUCCAAUGUAAAACCACGAUUAACCAUUUGCCCACCACGCAAUUUGAAAAGAACUGAUGAGGACAAUUUAUAUUUUCCAGGAUCACAAAAAUAUUCCAACAUCAAUUCUAUCACGCAUAGCCUUGGUGUGAAACUUCACGACUGUAAUAUUCUAGACAAGUUCCAGAAUUCGUUUCUUAUAGAUAGCCGAGAUAAAGCUAGGCCUCUUCUUCUUUGCUUGAUGUCUACUUGAAGUUUUUCUUCACAUCACAUCGGAAGUCGUUCGCAAUAACUCAUUUUAUAAUAUCAAAAACUGGACUAUUCUGUAUGCUAUUAGAAUGAAUCAAGGUGUCGGAUUUCUCUGUGUGCUGUUUUGUGUGAUGUCGAUGGUCAUAGCCUCAUCACGUUAUCAUAGAAAUGAAUCCUUGACCCGUGGACAGCAUGAGGACAGCAGUCCAUCCGGAAACUCUCCAGGUAUUCUGAUCCUGCGAAAUGAGUCUUCCCUGCUGAGAGUAAAGAAGGCGAUUGAUAUGUCCACCACGGGGUUCACUGAAAGCGAAAAGAAAAUUAUCCUGGAUGCCCACAAUGCGGAGAGGCGAAUUUCGGGUGCCAGUGAUAUGAUGAUUUUAACAUGGGAUGACGCCCUUGAGAAGUUUGCCCAGGCGUGGGCGUCGAAAUGUAAUUUCGCUCACCAAACUGAGGCCCAGAGAACGAACGUUGGAAAUUUUCCUGUGGUUGGGGAAAACCUCGCUGCAGCAUCCGACGCAUCGGGAUAUCCUGCGGGGGCCGUGAGCCAGUGGAAUGUCGAGAAGGCGGACUACAUCUACGACACCAACAGCUGCUCUAAAACUUGCGGGCAUUACACGGCAGACGUCUGGGCCACGACGAGGUCCGUUGGUUGUGGGAUCAAGUACUGCGACCCCCUGCAAGGCGUUCCGUGGCCCGGGUAUUUCGUCGUCUGCAGCUACGGCCCUGGCGGGAACUACGUCGGCCAGAAGCCGUACAAAAAGGGAGCCGCUUGCUCGGCGUGUCCCAGCGACGCCAAGUACUGCAUCGACGGCCUGUGCUCCACGACCCAGGACACCCAGGACACCCAGGGCACCCAGGGCACGACUCAGGGCACCGAGGGCACCCAGAGCACGACCCAGGGCUCCCAGGGCACCCAGAGCACGACCCAGGGCACCCAGGGCACGACCCAGGGCACCCAGAGCACGACCCAGGGCUCCAACUCGAGCGGUGAGAUGGUCAGCAUCAGCACCUAUCUGUUAUGCGGUCAUAUGGUUAUCUCAGCAGUCAUUUGUCAAGUCAUUGUUUAAUUUGUGUAUGUGAAGUGAUGAAGGGCACGUCAUUAAUGAGGCUCUCAAACAAUAUAAAAGGUGUGUGUGUGAUUAAGUCUUGACCUUGAACCACUUUAGACCAUUUCCUUAGAAACAAAUUUAGACCAAUUCCUUGGAACAACUUUAGACCAUUUCCUAAGCACAAAUUUAGACCACUUCCUUGAAACAAUUUUAGACCAUUUCCGAAGAACAUAUUUGUUCCUAAGAACAACUUUAGACCAUUUCCAUAGAGCAACUUUGAUCACUAGAACAACUUUAGACAAUUUCAUUGGAUUAAAUUUUGACCAUUUUUGAAAUAAAUUUAGACCCCUUUCUUCGGGCAACUUUUAUACGAUUUCCUUAGGACUCUUUAUACUAUUUCCUUAGAACACAUAUAGACCAUUUCCAUUGAACAACUUUUUUCCUUACAACAUUAUUCCUUAGAACAAUUUUAGACCAUUUUCUCAGAAUACCUUAAGACCAUUUCCUUACAGCAACUUUGUUCCUUAUACGAAAUUAGACAAUUUCAUUAGAACAGCUUUCGACCAUUUACCCCAGAGCAACUUUUGACCAUUUCCUUUAGAACAACUUUGUUCCUUAGAACAACUUUAGACCAUACCUUAGAACAUUUGAUUAUUGAGCUGCUGACCUUUAUUUGGUUUUUUAAUGAAUGUCUAUGCGUUUACAAUAUGAAGUGGUCGAUGCUUUCGAAAGUAGUGAGACUGAAAAAGUAGUCUAGUUAACGCAAAGUAACAAUGAUUUUUUUUUUUUGUGGGAAAAAACUCUGUGUUUGGUAGAUGCAGGUACUUUCAUCGCGAUGGCACUCAAUGGUUGAUCGCGUCAACAAUCCACAUAAAGCAUUCUACUUUUAAUUUUAGAAUCUACCAUGAUUGUUACUUUUGCCAUUUCUCAUUGAAUCAUGACAUAGUACAAAUAAAAGAUUUUACCUACAAAACUAUACAUUUUCAUUGACAUGUUGCAGGUCUCAAACAACACGUAUCGUUUUUUUGGGGGGUUAAUUGUUUUUCUUCUCUUUAGCGAUAAAAGAAAGUCCGCUAGUAAUAGAAGCCGCCAAGGACAUAGGCCACCAUGGAGACAUCAUUCCUUGGUUUAUAGAGGACAUAUCGUUAUCACCAUCAGGACAUUUUGAAUGAUAACAGAUAAUGUGGUUAGGGAAAAUAAUUCAAGGGAAAGCACUCAACAUGGCAAUAAUAUUUCUUGGGUUGAAUCCCUUUGAAUAUUAACCUAUAUUACGUCAUUAGUAAGUUGGGGAAUUGCGUAACAGUGACAAAAUGUGCAGAAUCCAAAGAAAUGAGGUCUUCUGUUUUUUUAAAGUGUUUAUUAGUUAUGUCAUUCUUCUGGGGAUGCAUCGGUUGUAUCAAUGCAUCUUCGUAUCGUACGACAGAAUUAAGCUUUGAACCGUCGUAACUCGCCUCAGAUUAAGAUGUUAUCUUGGAACAAUUUAACUUGUGGCAGACCCUCUAACCAAUCAGAUUUUCCAAAAAAAUCUCAUCUUUUCGCUUUCCCUAGAGACAAUAGUCUUAGGGAUAUGCUUAGCCCAUAUAAGCACCUAAACUUGCAACCGUGACCCUGUGUGAUUAAAGUUGAUAAGAUCACUUUCCCUAUUGAAAUAUACAGAAUCAACAAUGGUUUUACUUGCACAAGGCGCCACGUGAUCUACAUCUUCCUUUGUAAAAAGUGCGGGAAAUCAUACGACAGUUCGUAACCUUGGAGAUCGCUUUCGAGAACACCUGUACAACAUCAAUAAACGUGCCCUUCGUCGGUUCAUAAAGAUUUCGUUAGUGCUCGCCAUUAUGAAAUAUUAGACAUUGACUUUAAUGGUACAUUGUAUGCUGGCAGUACACCUGAUAGGAUUUAUGUGGAAAAUGAAUUUAUUUUUAAAAAAAAUAGGUACUUGGACUACAUACGGUAUAAACUAAAUUGACAGUUAUAUAGCUGCAAUAUCCUUUUCCGUUUUUGGUUUAUAAAUUGUCCACAUACUUUAAUUCCGUUAUUUUGUUUAUUUUUUUUUAAUUUGGGACUUGUUCCCGUUUUUUUAUUUUGCUUUUCUUUCGAUUUUAGGUACAGUUAAAAUAAUAUAUACAUACA